CCCAAGAAGCAGCAAGUGGUCACAUGACUCUACGCUUUUUCCACUGGUCAAGAUCCAUUCUGUGCCUUUAUUUCCGGAAGUGCAUCUUCAGAUUGUCAGAUAUCCCAGAUCCAAGGUUCGUAAAUAUCACUUCCAUAAUAUUGUACAAAUUAGACUUGUGGUUUUAGAUUUUCGUUCUUCGUAUUUGUCCAUUAGGCAAUUAGAAAGCUAGUUCGCUAGGUAGCUAACGUUAGCUACAGUACAUUAGCUAGCUAGUUGGGAGUUGCUGCUGUCACAUUUGGGUGGGUAACGUUAUUCAUUAGCUGUAUUCCGUUGCAAAACGUUUACUCCAAACAUGAAUUGUUUGCAAUGAAAACGAGAGUUUCUAUUGGACAUAUUCAGUAAAGGCCUCGUCUCGUUCUGUUUGAUUCCUAGAGUAAACGGUUUUGCAACGGGAACCGACUAAUUUACCCCCCCCCCAUCAUUUAGUCUACGUUACAGACUAGCUCCUUAGUAAUAUUCAUGUCUAUUUUGUUGUUGGUAGCUAUUUAGUAACAUUAUACGAACAAUGUAGUAUGAAAUAGGUUUUACAACCCGUCUAGCCUACAUAGUGAGAAGUUAGCUAAGCUUAGCCAAGCAGUUGUGCUAGCUGCUAGGCCAUCAGUGUACACGUCAAAGCAAGACCGUCAUUGAUUGUUGUCAUCAAGCCACAGCCAACAAACAUCCAGCUUUUACCAUCCAAGCCACAGAAUGACUCAUUGGUUCCACCGAAACCCAUUGAAAGCAACUGCACCUGUUUCCUUCAACUUCUAUGGAGUUGCUGGUAGCCCAUCAGCAAAUAAGAUAUGCAAUGACUUGAGGACAUCGAGGGCCAGACUCUUGGAGAUGUUCACAGAUACCACCUGUGAUCCUGAGAUCAUGAAAAAUGCCACAGAUACUUAUUUCUCACUCUUACAAGGAUUCAUUGCAUCUCUGGAUGGCACCAAACAAGAGAACAAGCUUCGGUUCAUGCAGAACUUCAAGUGGACUGACACUUUGCAAGGAAACACCCCAAGUGCCCAACAAGAUGCUAUUUUUGAGCUGGUCUCCAUGGCCUUCAAUGUUGCAAUUUGGCACACCAAGUUUGCCUCAAGACUUGCAGGAAAGGAAAAUGUAACUGAGGUAGAAGCAAAAGAUGUCCACAGGAGCCUGAAAUUUGCUGCUGGGAUUUUCAAGCACCUCAAGGAGGUCCACAUCCCCCGCCUCAUCACCCCAGCGGAGAAGGGCCGGGACCUAGAAUCCAGAGUCAUGGACACCUACAUGGUCCAGUGCAAAGCAGAGGCACAGGAAGUGACGAUUGCCAGAGCGAUUGAACUCAAGCAUAACGCCACUCUCAUUGCAGCCUUGGCCUUCGAGACCGCAAACUUUUACCAGAAAGCUGACCACACACUGAACACCCUGGAACCAGAGUGCAGCAGUAAGUGGAGGAAGUACCUCCAGCUGAAACAGCACUUCUACAUGGCCUAUGCAUAUUGCUACCAUGGACAAACUCUCCUCGUGAGCGACAAGUGUGGCGAGUCAAUAAGAUCUCUCCAAGAAGCAGAAAAGUGCUACUCCAAAGCCGAGGCUCUGUGCAAAGAGUACCGUCAGACCAAAGGGCCGGGUAGCACAGCCAAGCCCUCUGAGCAGCUCUUCUUCACCACACUGGGUGGCCUGAUCAAAAAUACAUUGCAGAAGUGCGAGAGAGAAAAUGGAUUCAUAUACUUUCACAAGGUCCCGGCCGAGGUGCCCCAGCUAGAGCUGAAGGCUAGCUAUGGCCUGGCCGAACCAAUAUCCUUUGAGUUCCCAGCCCUCAGCGAGCAGUGCACCCCUGAAGUCUACACCACUUUUGACCUCACCAAGGGGGCCAAAGCUGAGAAGGCCAAACCCAAGCAGGAAGAAGAGGUUAAGCCAAUGAAGGAACCAGAUUUGAAGCCUCAGAAAGAUACAGGCUGCGUCAUUUCAUAAACAGAGAUGACCGGGGGGGGUGACAAGGACAAGAAAAACAUGACUGUAUGGAUUUAUUGAUGCAUUGGUUUGUUUUAUCUGUAGUGUUUUUAUGAUCAGUGAUUUACAGUAGCAUGACCAUCUGUUGUAGUUCAUUUUAUACAUAGUUGUUUUCUAUUUUUUUAUGUUCAUGAUCAAAUAUUAUUGGGUCAGACUUUAUAUUUGAAAUGCUCUCUCACUAGUCCUGUUGGGGAUUUUGGAUCUUUAUUUAUUGCUGUCAUUUAAGAAACGGACAAUUAAUAUAGUAAGAACUUAUAACACUCCACGAUGAAUAUCCAAUAAUUUGUAGAAGAAAUCGUAUGUUUUCAAUUUUAUUUUUCAAUCGCUGAGAUUCUCUAAUUGAAUCACAGUUUUCUUGCAACUGAAAGGACACUGUAUAUACAGGAUCACAUUAUUCAUACACAAGGCUAGUCAUUGCUGGGUAUGACCUGUAUUUAUGAUAAUAACCAUUGUUUAAUAUUCCCCUCUUUAUUGGAGACUUGAGGACUAGGCGGUGCUUGUAUUGGGUCAGAAUAACCUGAACAAUGCCGGCUGUUCAGUAGGAACAUGGAAUAACAUCUGGGAAGUUCUCCGGAAAGCUCGAUGUUCUGAACGUUCUAAGUAGAAAUGUCACGCAUGACUACUCUGCACGAGAGAGGAGCAGGCCUGUUUUACAUGAAACCUUUGAACGUUCCAUAACAUUUUGCCCUAUGGAAGGUGAUGUAGGUCUUCCUGACGCUAAGAAAACUGUUGUUUAAAAAAAAUUAAAAAAUAAUUAAAAAAACUCAGACUAGUGGCCAUGGUUGCUGUUCUAAAGGAUCGGUGUCCCGCUAGCGGGACAACUUCCAGUGAAACUGGAGGGCGCGCAAUUCAAAAUAUUUUUUCACCGGCACAGGUUUCAUACGUUCACAUAUAACGAUUAAAUAUUCACUUUUUAAAAUCUUCCUCUGAUCUGUCAUCCAAAGGGUCUCAGCUAUAACAUGUAGUGUCGUUUUGUUAGAUACAUUCCUCCUUUAUAUCCCAAAAAGUCAGUUUAGUUGGCGCCAUCGAUUUGAGCAAUCCACUCGUUCAACUUGCAGAGUAAGGAAUCUGAAAAUCUACCCCUAAACUUUGUUUCAACAAGUCAGAAUACGUUUCUAUUUACUCCUCAGAUACCGUAAAAUGUAAUCAAACUAUAAUAUAUUUUUUUCGGAUAGAUGUAUGUUCAAUACACCAAUUUCCAAGACGUGUGCUUCUAAACUGGUAUUUCUCAUUCGUUUUUGAAGUUACAAACCUGAAACCUUGAACAUAGACUGCUGACAGCCUGUGGAAAACAUAGGAAUUGCAUCCAGGGAGCUAAUUUUCAAUAUGACCUUUCUCUUGCAGUUCUAGGAUGGUCUUUAAAAAAAAAAAAAAUCGGGUUGGUUUUUCUUUGGAUUUUCUCCGACCAUAUCUAUUGUUAUAUUCUCCUACAUUAUUUUAAUAUUUCUACAGACCUCAAAUGUUUUCUUUCCAAUGGUACCAAUUAUAUGCAUAUCCUGGCUUCAGGGCCUGAGCUACAGACAGUUUACCUUGCGCAUGUCAUUCAGUCAGGAAGUGGAAAAAAGGGCCUAUCCCUAAAUAAGACUGGAUUUAUCAGUGAUUGACAAGUGCAGGAACACUAGAGUAAUGGUUAAUGAAGAAAGAAAUGGACUUGACAAUCUGAUGUCAUUCAAAUAUGAUGUCAAUCAUAACCUACUUAAACCAUUUCAGUGAAGGGAGUAAUGUUGUACUAUGGCACAUUAUUUUACACAUGGAAAAUUGUUGGAUGAAGUGGCUUCUAUGUAUGUAAAUGAAUCAAAUGAAUUACAAAUGUUUGUUUUAUCUGUAAAUGACAACGAUAUACUGUAGUUUUUAGAGUACUGAUUUGCUGUAAUUGCCUAAGAGUUGUUUUUGAAAAUAUGUUAAUGACAGCUAGCGUCUACUGAGGAGGUGCAAUAGGGGGAAAAGUAACCCCGAGUAUGGUAUACUAACUUGCCAAUAUAUUAAGAAAAUUGUGCAUUCUUUCUGUUCAACCUCAAAGCACAUUAUAAUGCCUUUGCAUUUUAAAUCUUAUUAGUCACACAGAAAUUAAGAACAUAUACAACAUAUAUGUUAUCUCUACAAUACCUUUUUAUUCUUGGAACAAUUAAUUUUCACAUUUAAGGAACAAUUAGAUUUAUUUUUAAUUAACACAUUUAUGAAAACAGUUUGCUGUAGCAUAACAAUGUUUACACAAGUCAACCUGAAGGUCAUUACUCUUCAUCUAAUGGUGCCCUUCAUGGAAAAUGUUUCAAAUAAAAAUGUCAAGAAAC